AUGGCAAUCGAGCACCUCUUACCCCGAGCGGAAGAUGGAUCCAUCUCGACUGCCAGACGAAACAUCGCAAUUGCCGAACUUGUCAUUUUCUCCGCCAUUCAUCUGAUACAAAUCCCAAUCCGCUUCGCACAAGAAUGGCGAUAUUGGCACAAUCGGAAGAAAAGGCAUGUCGCGCGCUGCUUCUUUUACUCUUGGUUUAGUAUGAUUGGACUUUUGUCGCAACUUCGCAUCGCUAGCUCUGCGAUGAUAAUUUCUAAGAGUCACCCCAAUAAAUCGAUGCUGAUCGCCGAGGCUUGCUUGCAAAGUGUGGGCCUCUCACCUCUUUUGUUUGAGGUUAGCUUGGUUCUUUUGCGAUGUGGCCAAGCUGGAGAAUAUGGAAGGGGAAACUCGAAAUGGUCCCUGCCCAUUCGCAUCGCACUCCAUGGCUUCCGAUUCCCAAUAUUUAUCGCCAUUGUGCUUGCGGUAGUCGGUGGAAUUAUCGAUAUCCGACCCUAUGGGGAAGCUGGUUCGGUCGUGCUGGUCGUCACUUUUGUGUUCGUCUGUGGCUUGGUAGGAUGGCUAUCGGUUAAGUGCCAUUCUAUUCUUCCUGCAACAGGUCGCCGGGGGGUCAUGUUGACAAUGUUAACUCUCCCAUUUUUGUUGAUCCGAGUCAUUUAUUUCCUUUUGCAGGAGUAUGGUCCCUCGGAAUUCAACCCGGCUUCAGGGAGCGUGGGAAUUCUUGCUGAGAUGGGGUUAUUGAUGGAAAUUAUCAUCAUUGGAAUCUUUUUUCUGGCACGCACAGUGAUAGAGCCGCUUUCGGGGUCGAGUAAAAACAAGAGGAACGUCACAUCUAACGAUGCGGAGUGGGCUGGAAACUGA